CUGUCUUUUGGGGAGAUAUUGCCUUAGAUGAUGAAGACUUAAAAAUCUUUCAAAUUGACAGGACGAUUGAUCUCACACAGCACUCCAAUGAAAGACUUGGCCAUAAUACAGGUGGCUUUGGAGAGCAUGGGAUGUCAAAAAAACGAGGUGCCCUCUAUCAGCUUAUAGACAGGAUAAGAAGUUUUGGCUCAGGCUUUGAGCAAAAUAAUACAUCUAAAGGAAGAACUACUGUAAAAUUCUCAGGGAAAAAUGAGAAAAACCGAUUUCCCAGAGCUGCUACAUCACGAACAGAAAGAAUAUGGCCUGGGGGUGUCAUUCCAUAUGUAAUAGGUGGAAAUUUCACUGGCACCCAGCGCGCCAUGUUCAAGCAGGCUAUGCGGCACUGGGAAAAGUACACAUGUGUUACGUUUAUUGAACGAAGCGAUGAAGAAAGUUAUAUUGUAUUUACAUACAGACCAUGUGGGUGCUGUUCUUAUGUGGGUCGAAGGGGAAAUGGUCCUCAGGCUAUAUCUAUUGGCAAGAACUGUGAUAAAUUUGGUAUAGUUGUCCAUGAGUUGGGUCAUGUGAUAGGUUUUUGGCAUGAACAUACACGACCAGACCGUGAUGACCAUGUCACCAUCAUUAGAGAAAACAUCCAGCCUGGUCAGGAAUACAACUUCUUGAAGAUGGAGCCUGGAGAGGUGAACUCCCUUGGGGAACCAUAUGACUUUGACAGUAUUAUGCACUAUGCCAGGAACACCUUCUCAAGGGGCAUGUUUCUGGAUACCAUUCUCCCUUCCCGUGAUGAUAAUGGUAUACGACCUGCCAUUGGCCAGCGUACUCGACUAAGUAAAGGAGAUAUUGCACAGGCAAGAAAGCUGUAUAGAUGUCCAGCCUGUGGAGAAACACUGCAGGAAUCUACAGGCAACUUUUCUUCUCCAGGAUUUCCAAAUGGUUAUCCUUCCUACACACACUGCAUAUGGAGAAUCUCUGUGACCCCAGGGGAAAAGAUCGUUUUAAACUUCACCACCAUGGACCUUUACAAGAGCAGUCUCUGUUGGUAUGACUAUAUUGAAGUAAGAGAUGGCUACUGGAGAAAAUCACCUCUUCUUGGCAGGUUUUGUGGUGACAAACUGCCAGAAGUCCUUGCAUCCUCUGACAGCAGGAUGUGGAUCGAGUUCCGCAGCAGCAGCAACUGGGUUGGGAAAGGUUUUGCAGCAAUUUAUGAAGCUAUCUGUGGAGGUGAAAUCCACAAGAAUGAAGGCCAGAUCCAGUCUCCCAAUUAUCCAGAUGACUACAGACCAAUGAAGGAAUGUGUGUGGAAAAUAACGGUGUCAGAAAACUACAAUGUAGGAUUAACCUUUCAAGCAUUUGAGAUUGAAAGACAUGAUAACUGUGCAUAUGACUACUUGGAAAUUCGAGAUGGAACAAAUGAGAACAGUCCUUUAAUUGGUCACUUUUGUGGCUACGACAAGCCAGAAGACAUUAGAUCUACCUCUAAUACCCUGUGGAUGAAGUUUGUUUCUGAUGGAACUGUUAACAAAGCAGGGUUUGCAGCUAACUUCUUUAAAGAGGAAGAUGAAUGUGCCAAACCAGACAAUGGUGGCUGUGAGCAGCGCUGUGUAAAUACUCUGGGCAGUUACCAGUGCGCCUGCGAUCCUGGCUAUGAACUUGGUCCUGACAAAAAGAGUUGUGAAGCUGCUUGUGGAGGACUCCUGACAAAGCUAAAUGGGACUAUAACCACACCAGGGUGGCCCAAAGAGUAUCCUCCAAACAAAAACUGUGUGUGGCAGGUGGUUGCCCCAACGCAAUACCGAAUUUCAAUGAAGUUUGAGUUUUUUGAGUUAGAAGGGAAUGAAGUUUGCAAAUACGAUUAUGUGGAGAUUCGUAGUGGCCUUUCUUCUGAUUCUAAACUACAUGGUAAAUUUUGUGGUACAGAAGUGCCUGAAGUUAUCACCUCUCAGUACAACAACAUGCGGAUUGAGUUCAGAUCUGACAACACUGUGUCAAAAAAAGGCUUCAAGGCACACUUCUUCUCAGACAAGGACGAGUGUUCGAAGGACAAUGGUGGCUGCCAACACGAGUGCAUCAACACAGUAGGAAGCUACGUUUGCCAGUGCCGAAAUGGAUUUGUGCUGCAUGAAAACAAACAUGACUGCAAAGAGGCUGAGUGUGAACAGAAGAUCCACAGUCCCAAUGGCAUCAUCACGAGUCCCAACUGGCCCGACAAGUAUCCCAGCAGAAAGGAGUGCACGUGGGAAAUCAGUGCCACACCUGGGCAGAGGGUCAGAUUGACCUUCAGUGAAUUUGAGAUAGAACAGCAUCAAGAAUGUGCUUAUGACCACUUGGAAGUGUUUGACGGUGAAAGUGAAAAAUCACCAAUUCUGGGACGCUUAUGUGGCAAUAAGAUACCAGAUCCUCUUAUUGCUACUGGCAACAAAAUGUUUCUCCGCUUUAUUUCUGAUGCAUCAGUUCAAAGAAAAGGCUUCCAAGCAACGCACUCUACAGAGUGUGGCGGUCGCCUGAAAGCUGAAACCAAGGCCAAAGAUCUGUACUCGCAUGCUCAGUUUGGUGAUAACAACUAUCCAGUUCAGGCAGACUGCGACUGGCUCCUGGUGUCAGAGCAUGGCUAUCGAGUCGAGUUAAUGUUUCAGACUUUCGAGGUUGAAGAAGAAGCAGACUGUGGUUACGAUUACGUGGAGCUCUUUGAUGGCCAUGAUAAGACAGCUGUGAGACUUGGUCGAUUUUGUGGAUCUGGGCCACCAGAAGAAAUUUAUUUUGCUCUUUUACUUCACUUCCACACUGAUGAUACAAUCAACAAGAAAGGAUUUCAUAUACGAUACAGAAGUAUAAAAUAUCCAGGUAGUGUGCACACCAAAAAAUAACACAAGAACCUCUAUGUCAGAAAAGGAGGGUGAGAAUGAAAGAGUGCACAGUGGAAAGGAAGGCCUGUCAUUUUUUUUGUGGUUGGUUUUUUUUUUUUUUUUAAACUGAAGUUAUUAGCACAUAUGUUUUAUAUAAGUUCA